UAUUUACGAAUUGAAUUACGAAAGAUCUUAGAAGGGAUUAUCCAUGUAAAGCCCCAGUUUUCUAUUAAACAAUCUUCCAAUCCAUCAAGACUUCCAAUCGGCUUUUUAACAUUUCCAAUACCAACCGAAAUCAACCGAAAACAGCCGGACUUAAAGAAAACCGAUUAAAUGGAUUUGGCUACGUCAUCGUAGACUUCACGACCAUGGUAGCGGAGAUGAGCAGCGCACGAUAAUGACGAUAGUGACCCGAUUUUAAAUCGAACGGCAAUGAAGAAACCGCGUUUCUCACACCUCCUGAUAUGGACUGUCCUGGUCUCCCUAACGUCAGCACAAUGUCCCUGGCACCUAGACAUUCCAGACCUCCAAUCCUCCUGUCUCUGCUCGUACAAUUUAGGACACGAACUCUCAGUGCAGUGCGACAUGGUCAACUGGCCCAAACUCUUGUCGGCUUUGAGUAAAUUCGCCACUCAAACUGCAGUGGACUUACUUUACGUAAACAACUCAACUAUCGGAGUGUUACAAGACAAUAUUUUCGUUAACCUUAAGGUGCAUAACAUCCAGUUGUCUGGAUGUAAAAUAAGGACUGUUGAAAGUACCGCCUUUACCGGUCAGGAACAGCACUUGAAAAACCUAAACUUACAAGAUAAUGAGUUGACUGCUGUACCAGUAGAAAGCUUGAGACCCUUACAAAACCUUCAGUUAUUAGACUUAUCUCACAACCGAAUAAGUAAUGUACCAUCAAAUGCUUUUGAAACUCUUUACAAACUCUCAACAUUAAAAUUAUCAGACAAUAACGUAACCUUAGAAGCAGACGCAUUAAACGGCUUGGAAAAAUGCUUAAAGAACCUAAACCUAAAAGGAACAAGACAAACAAAAGUACCUGAAGCUAUUCGAGGAAUGAGAACUCUAGCUUUCUUAGAUUUAUCACAAAAUAGUCUGAAAGAACUUCCUGGAACUGAUGGUGACGAAAUAUUUGCAGGAUUGGAAGCUUUAACUGCUCUAAAUCUCGAAAGAAAUAUCUUGCAAGAACUCAAACAAAACGCUUUCUUAGGAGUAAAAAAUACUCUAAGCUCCUUGAGUUUACUCAAUAACUUGUUACCUGACUUUCCAACAGAGGCUAUGGCAACGCUUCAAGAACUACGAGUUCUGGAUAUUGGGUUUAAUUUACUCACAGAUCUACCAGAGAACGCCUUCAAAAAUAAUCCCAGUAUAACUCUACUGGCUCUUGAUGGAAACCCUUUAACCACAAUACCGUUUGAAGCUUUGUCUCACCUGAACAAGACUCUGAGAGGGUUAAGUUUAGGUGGGAGAUUCCUGCAUUGUGAUUGCAGGUUAUCGUGGGUUGUUGACUGGAUACGUAACGGAGACUUACAGGUGACUUCUCGUGAAAGAAACCCCCAAUUUUGCGGAAGUCCUCCUAAGUUCAGGGAUAGAAGUUUCUAUAGUAUCCAGCCAGAGGAAUUGGCUUGUAGUAAAGACCAAAAAAAGCAGAAUGGUACUAAAAGUAAACUAGAUUCGAUUGGUGUAGCUACAGUGGUUAGUGCGAAUUUAGAUGAUUUAAUUGUUGCUCAGCAGGACCAACCAAUAACAACUAGUACAACAACUACUAGUACUACUACGACAACUACCAAAAAACCGAAUACAAGUAAAUCAACGAUAUCAACUACGAGUACUUCAUCUACUUCAACCACAACCUCAUCUACGACAUCUCAAACCACGACGACCAAAAGUAAAACCAAGCCAACCAGCAUGGAAACCACUCAAAGACCUUCGUUGGUGAUGUCGGGUUUUUCCGGCGUAAGUAAGGCUGAUGAUACCAAGGAGGUGAUUGUUAAGAAUGCUUUCAGGCAGGACAAUUCGGUGAUAAUACAGUGGGGAUCGGAAACGGCUAACAUAUUGGGAUUCAGGGUGGUGUACAGGUUGUUUGGGGAUAAGAGUUUCAAGCAAGGACCACCGUUAGAGGCCAGCGAGAGGGAGUUUAAAAUCAAAAACGUUCCGUCACAAGAAUGUAUUAUCGUUUGUGUCGUGUCAUUGGAAGAACUCAAUGUCUCGCCUGACAAUGUACCUUACAGACAAUGUAAGGAAGUUAGGACAGUGUCUUCAGCCUCAUCAAACAUGGACAAGAUCACUAUAGCCGCCAGUGCUGCCAUUUGCGGCACUAUAGUGGUUGCAGUCAUCAUUUUCAUAGCUGCUUCUCGUAGAAGAUCGAGAAAACUUCAAGAAUAUCAUCAGCAAAAACUGAACGGAAUAAAACAUGGAAUACCUGUGCCAGGAUUGCCUGUGAACUGCUGCACGUUACCUGUGAGUCCUGGAGAACCACUGUCUUCACUGGCCGCACUCAAUGCUUACAAUAACAGUAAAGACUGGGACCAGGUAUCCGCUUACAGCAUCCACAGCCAGCGGCCGCGAAUGUACAGCGUGGAGCACCAGCCGCCCUCGCUCGACGAUAUGCGCUCGCACUUUAGUGCUAAGAGCAAAACGCGCUCCAUAGCCGACGGCCAGUCGCAAAACAGCUUCUCCAAUGUCAGACGCUACCUCACCGCUAACGCUUUCCCCAGCAAUUUGCUCGCUUCCAGACAAGAUCUACGUCAAUCCAGGCAGUCGCUCGCCAUGCAGUCCGAGAGGGCCUCGGCGCGAAUGCCAUCGCACCCCGGACCGGCUCAUUCUGUGACGUCGUCGACGAGACGGUCCAGACCGAGGUCCAGGUCGAGGGACCACCACAGGCCGAGCAGCCGGUACAGUACGGCCGGAUCGACCCACACGCUCAACAACUACUGCGACAAUUCGGAUAACUGGACGGACCACGAUAUGGAAAUAUACAUGGCCAGGAAUCCGACGGCUCGGAACGGGCUAGUACAAUUGUAGAGCAUGGUUUAGAUCAAUUAUUAAUGUUAAAUGUUAUUAUAUUUAGUUUAUCGCAUAUACAGGGGUGGUCCGAACUGUAUUCCGGAAGC